UUUUUGUUUUGUUUUUAUGGUUGUUUGUAAUCAUCAUGAAAGAAAAUUGACAUCACUUGAAAAAUGCUCAUGUGCAACUUAUUGAUGAUAUUACUCAUAAGAUGUGUGCAUAUUUGUCAUUACUGCUCUAAGUAGUCAUUUAAUCAUUAUGAUCUGAGGGUGGGGUGUCGGUGAUGGUCACUUUGGACAUUGUGUUGUAACACCUCUGGACAUGUUGGACAGAUGAUGAUUGACAGACGGUCAGCUUGGUAUUGUUUGUCCAGACAGGUUGACUCUGGAAUAUAUCCCAUCCAUUUUGUCCAGUAGUGAUUUAACCAGUGCCAACCACAAUGCCAGCACCGAAAAGUGUAUGUUGGUGUUUUGGAGGACGGCCGCCAGAAAUAACUUAUGGCAUUGACGGGGAGACACCCCUCAAGGCCAUGGAAGUGGAAGUUCCCAUGCCAACUGAUGAAAAAGAAAUUGAUGAAAAAUUUGCUGAAAUUGUGGAAGAACUAGAUGUUGACAAACCACAUAGAGAUGCUUUAUUUAGCCUUCCACCUGAGAAAAAAUGGCAGAUUUAUUGUAGCAAAAUACAGGAUAGGGGAGACCACUGGCCAGACUACUACAUUGAGAAGCUUAAUAAUCUGUCCUCAGUAUUUAUAAGUUACAACACUGAGGAAGAAGAACUCAGAACAAAAAUAGUAGACAACCUGAAGACAGCUCUACGCACACAACCAAUGAGCUUUGUGACAAGGUUCAUAGAACAGGAAGGACUUCAGAGCCUGUUGAAUUUUCUGGAGAGCAUGGAUUACAAAACCUGUCAGAGUUCAAUCCACACCUCUAUCAUAGGAUGCCUCAAAGCCCUCAUGAACAACUCUCAAGGGAGAGCUCAUGUGCUUGCUCAUCCAAACUGCAUCAACAUCAUUGCUCAAAGUUUGGCAACAGAAAACAUCCGUACUAAAAUUGCAGUCCUGGAAAUUCUCGGUGCCAUGUGCCUUGUUCCUGGGGGCCAUAAGAAGGUGUUGGAGGCCAUGCUUCACUAUCAGAAGUAUGCGGCUGAAAGGACGAGAUUUCAGACCUUAAUCAAUGAUCUGGACAGAAGUACAGGAAUUUAUAAGGAAGAAGUGAACCUGAAAACAGCUAUUAUGUUGUUCAUCAACGCUGCUCUCAGAUAUGGACCAGGAAAGGAGCUUCUUGAAUUUCGUCUUCAUCUUCGAUACGAAUUUCUCAUGUUGGGUAUACAGCCAGUUAUUGACAAACUGAGAAAGCAACAUGAGAAUGCUAAUUUGGAUAGGCAUUUGGAUUUCUUUGAGAUGAAAAGAAAUGAAGAUGAAAGAGAACUCUCAAAGAGGUUUGAGAAUGUACCCGUGGACACAAAAAGUGCUUAUUCCAUGUUUGACCUGCUGCGUAAAAAACUGACCAUGACAAGUAGCUACCAGCAUCUUAUGUCCAUGCUGCAACAUCUACUACUAAUGCCUUUUGGGAAUGACAGCCAUAUUGCUGGGAUGUGGAACUUGGCUGACAGACUAAUUCAGCAGGUGGCACUCCAACAAAAAAAUGGUCAGGAUCCCGACUGUGUUCCAGUGGAAAUGAACAUCAAACAGAUGGUCCGACAAAUGAGCAGUGGUGAAGAUAUUAAAAGCUUACAACAGAAGUUGCGAGAAAUGGAAAAGAAUCAAGAUGACUUGCAGAAUAAAGUGGCAAAGAAGGAGAGAGAUUGUGAGAUAAAGGAACAAGAAAAGGAUGAACUUGCAGAAACAGUCACCAGAAUGAAAGCAAAGUUGGACCAAGAGACAGCAGCUCAAAAUGAAUUAAAACAGAAAAUAAAUGAACUAAACCAGCAAAUCCAUAACCUAGCCUCCCAGCUUUCCAGUGAGCGUGGGGAGCGACAGAAGUUGUCACAUCUAGUCCAGACUGGCAGUCUACCUGACGAUGCUAAAGUUGGCUUGUCUACCCCCUCACUGAUAGGACUGAGCAAUGUCAGCUCAUCUGUUAUCAAACCAAGUGUACCUCCACCACCACCUCCCAUUGGAGCUCCACCCCCUCCCCCUCCACCACCAGCUCCAGGUGCCCCUCCACCUCCAUCUAUAGGUGGUGUUAGUAAAUCUACUCAGAAGUUCUCCAACAUACCUCGUCCUAAACAUCCAAUGAAAUCUCUCAACUGGUCCAAACUGUCCGAGACAAAACUUACUGGAACAGUGUGGUCAAGACUAGAUCCAACAAGGUUAUACAAGGAGUUAGACCUUGAAGACUUUGAAAAGACUUUCUCGGCAUACCAGAAACAACAGAACACUGAAGGGGAAGAUCUGGAGGGCUCCACCAAAUCUAAGACCAUAAAGGAGCUGUCAGUCAUUGAUGGGCGGAGAGCUCAGAACUGUACCAUUCUAUUGUCCAAACUCAAGAUGACCAAUGAGGAAGUGAUAUCUGCUAUAUUGACCAUGGACAGUAGGGAAGAUCUUCCAAAAGAUAUGUUAGAGCAGCUUCUUAAGUUUGUGCCCACAUUAGAAGAGACUCAGAUGUUGAUGGAGUAUAGUAAGGAGAUUGAUCACAUGGCCAGGGCUGACAGAUUUAUGUACGAAGCCAGCAGGAUAAAUCACUAUGAAGGCAGACUUAGUGCUCUCUUCUUCAAAAAGAAAUUCCCAGAGAAAAUGUUGGACAUUAGACCUAAAGUUGAAGCAAUAAAAGGUGCAUCAACUGAAUUAAUGAAGAGUCAAAGUUUGCGGAGAAUUCUGGAGAUUAUUCUGGCACUGGGAAACUUCAUGAACAGGGGCCAGAGAGGAAAUGCCUCAGGUUUUAGGAUUGGGAGCCUAGCAAACCUGAUGGACACCAAGUCCAGCACCAGUAAACAUGUCACGCUGCUUCAUUACCUUGCAGACCUCAUCGACAAAAAGUUCCCAAGUGUUCAGAAAAUUGACAGUGAACUUACAAAUGUCAGAAUGGCUGCAAAAGUCAGUAUGUCUGAGUUGGACAAAGAUAUUGGUGACAUCAAGUCAGGUCUUGAUAGCAUUGAAAAGGAACUGAAGUUUUUUGAGAACACAGGAGAAAUGGACAGCAGAAAGUUUGUCUCUGUUAUGACUAAUUUCCACAACUUGGCUUCCUACAAUUUCUCAGAGAUUGAAGAGACAAAGGGAGAAAUUAAAAAAAAGUUUGGUUCAGUUUGCGAGUUUUUUGGAGAAGACCCAGCACAGAACAAACCCGAGGAUUUAUUUGGUACGUUGGAUUCCUUCAUGUCUGCCAUGAGUGAUGCAAAAUCCGAAAAUGAGCGGAUCAAGAGACAGAAGGAGGAAGAUGAGAAAAGACAAGCUCUGGAGGAAUCGUUGAAGAGAGAGCGUGAAAGAUUGCGGAGUAGAAGAAGUAAUAGUCCUGCAACAAAGGGAGAUAAAAAGGACCAGUCUAAUAAAGGUGAAUUUGAUGAACUCAUAUCUGCCUUGCGGACUGGUGAUGUGUUUGGAGAAGAUCUUGUUAAGAUGAGGCGAAACAGAAAAAGAGGUGGUAUAAGUGUUGGGAAUGGAAGAGAGCGGGGAGGAAAAUCUUGAUCUGUACAGAAACAGCAUAUCUGUAUAGUGGGGGAAAUGUUCCAGCAGUCAAAGUCAAAACAUUCACAAAAUGUUGGUUGGAGUUGUAAUAUUAGACAACAUUCCUUUGCAAUAAAGUAAAAUGUGGUUGAUCAGAAAACCUUUUAAAUGACCUACAGAAACCUAACACUGCAAGAGUUUUACCCACUGUGCUAUACAUGUAUUAGAAUUAGUCCCUUGUUUAUAGAAAUCAAGUCAAACUUGUGUUAGUUGAAAUUUUGUUAUGGUUUUGUGAUAUUGUCAAGUGCUUAAAGCAUUAUACAUUUAAGUUGUUUGGUUGUCUUUAUUGUGUGAAAAUGGGGAUAAAUGGAUAAUCAAUGAUAAAGAAAGUACAUGCAUUAAAUCAAAUGAUUCACAAGGUACAAUGUAGAUGAUAAUAACCGGGAUAAGGCAAAUGAUACCUCAGGGGUUAUUUUCAAAAAGUCAAGCUGGUUCAGUAUGAACCACACAAUCAUUCCAUUUUCCAUAUGUAGUGUAGAUUUUAUGUGCAUAAAGUCCCCAUUUUGUGUGCGUCUCAUGCCUUGAUAUGCAUGCAGACAUUAACUACACCUGCAUUAGAUUUAGUUGUGUUGUUAUUUAUGACCCUGUGCUGUGAAAUAGCAUAUUUUUCGCUGAUAUAAAUUUUGUAAACUACAUAUAAGUGCAAUAAUUUUCUAUAUCACAUGUAAAACUGUAGCAUCACCAAGAUAAACCUAACAUUUCUGGAAAUUUUAUCAAAUUUCGUCUUAGCAAUAACAUAUAAAAUGUUUUUCGACAUAAAGCAGACCAGUCUGUUUCUAUUAUAACUCGGUGUAUAAUCUGUACAGCAAACAUAUUAUCGAUAAUGCAUUGCAACUAAAAACUAGUUAUUCUAUGUUUAUCAAAUAAAGUCAAAUUAGACUGUGAUGCUCAUUAUCUCGUCAAAGGUCACUUGUCGUGACCCUUUGUAUGAAAGAUGUUUCCCCAUUGGUCAAUCCUUCUGAAUUUUCAAACAGCAAUCAUUAAAUCAGAUUAUCUGCGAUCUACGUCAUCUAGAUUUUAUGUGUGCUCCAGAGCUGGGUUCUUUGGUAAUGUAUGUUGUAGAAAAGUGGUCAAAUUUAUGUUUGUUAAUUAAAGUUAUAGUUUAUUUAGAUCUGUUGUACAUAUAUGAUAUUUUUGCCAGUUGUGUGCUGAACAAGUUUUAUUAAUACAUAAUUAAUAUAUUAUACAUAUUCACUUUAUGAAGAUUUUUCAUUGUAUUUAUACUUUGUUCUAUAACAUAUUUAAUGUCAUGAUAUUAUUACUUUAAUAUGCUGCCAUCAGACAGUUUAUACAUGUAUCAAUCAUCUCUUUUUUUCCCCCCAACAAAUUCACUCCAGGUUAUUUUCAGGGUUCCUUGUCCAAAUCUGUUUUCACGUCAUAAAACUUCCCACUUUUUAUAGCCAUUCCGUAAAAUGUUAGUUUAUAUUCAUUGCUGUUUUAAUUUCAUGGUUUUACAGUUAAAAUAAUGAAAAUAAAACCUAUUUGAAAAUGAGUACAUAAACACAGUAUUUGAAAGAUAAAAUGGCUCAAACACAACCCCCAAGUUCUCUAAGCUUAUUGUCUGCUUUUGAAGUAGGUUUAAGCUGACGACAUCUUCGUUAGUUUUUACUCCUGUGCUCAUCACAUCAACUCUACAUCCAGGUAAAUGUAUCAGAUUGUAUUAUUUGGUCAUAGAACGGUUUGUAACUGUAUUUGAGUCUUAUGAACACCAAAUUGCAUACAGAACUUCAUCAACAUUCAAGUUAUACUUACAAUUUUAGAAAUAAUACUUUUUAUAUCAUUCAGAUGCUUUACUUUUUUCUCCAAACUCAAAAGCUUGCAUUUCUGUGCCUUCUACUUCAUCAGACCUCUAUACAUAUGCAGAGUGCCAUAAGAUGCAGUUGUAUUUUCUGAUAAAUGUAAAAGCUCAAUCAAAUCAGCAUUACAGUGAACGUUUUUGGAGUGCAAUAUGAGAAAAUUCAAUGAAUUUUUUUCACUACGUAAUUAUAGAAUUCAUUAAUGUCCUAUACAUCACAAGAUGCUCAGUAAUACAAUGACUGAAUUAUUCUGUGCUCUAAUACUUUUUUCCAACUAUGUAAUUUUGCAAAUUCACAUCAACCCAUACCCUUCUGGCAAAAUACCGGUGCACAAUAACCAGUGGCUUCUAAACUUGAGGUCACACACAGGUUAUUCCCGAAAAUAACAGCAGUAAAAAUUUACAAGAAAUACGGUGCACGACAAUGCUCAACUCUAUGUCAUGAGAACCCUGGUGUUCAUUAUUAAUGCUGUUGUGAAACCCAUAGAUCUAAAGUAUUUUGUUGAGGCACUACAUGUAUUUUAUUUCCUUGGUAUGGUUGAUUGAUUUCUUUUUUUUCUUUCUGUAUUUUUUGUAUUUUUGUAAUGAAUUACCAGCUGUGUUUUUGUUUAUAUACAUUAUGUUAAAGUGCAUAGAAUAAAUUAUAAAAAUUUAAA